CCUAAGAUUAAAUUAAUUAUAAUAUAUUCUGUCAUUCUGUAGAUAAAUUAUUUUAGAAUAAAUAUACUGUAAUAUAUUUAGUUAACUAACGACCACGACCGCAGUAACCAUCAAUGCAAAUUAACGAUUUUUAACUUGUUAUCUGUGGUAUUGUAGUUACAUCAUUAUUAGCCGAUUUUGCCGACAAAAAGUUAGGAUUCUGACUAGUGACUUGUUUGCAGUUGCUGUUAAGUGUUAGUUUUCGACGUCAUCACUCAUCAUUCAUCAGACGUAAGACGAGUAAAACGACAAUUUUCCAUUACAACCGAGCUAAUUAGUUGCUGUUAAAACGACCUCUCUUGAAACACGAUACUGUUUUCAUCCUCCGACUAUCUAACUUUAUAAUAAAGUAAAUAACUAACAUGUCUGGUUCUAACACUUCUAACGAAGAGGUCAAUCUACACGAAUGCUUAGAACUGAUAACGAGACUCGCGCGGCACGCCGGCAAGAUCAUUAAAUCUCGAAUCAAUGAAAAAAAAACAAUAGAGACUAAAGCCAGUUCUAUUGAUUUUGUUACUGAAACAGAUCAAGAAGUAGAAAAAUUACUUAUUGAGGGAAUCAAACAAAAAUAUCCACAUCACAAAUUCAUUGGAGAGGAAUCAUUUGCUGCCGGUAUUAAAGAAGAACUAACGUGUGCUCCAACUUGGGUCAUUGAUCCUGUGGAUGGCACCACCAAUUUUGUGCAUAGUUAUCCAAACGUUUGCAUUUCUAUUGGUUUGGUUGUUGGCUGUGAUGUUAAGUUAGGAGUUAUCUUUAAUCCUAUAUUGGAUAUGUUUUUUAGAGCAAUCAAAGGUGAAGGUUCAUUUUUAAAUGAUGAACCAAUUAAAGUCAGUGGUGUAAAACAACUUACUGAUGCUCUAGUCGCUGUAGAAUUUGGUUCAGUAAGAACUGAAGAAUUCAGGAAUAUUGUUAACCACAACAUCAAUUAUUUAGCAACAAAUGCCCAUGGUGUUCGUUCUGGUGGUUCAGCCGCUUGGAAUUUAGCUCAAGUUGCUAGAGGCGCUAUUGAUCUGUACAUGGAAAUGGGUAUUCAUGCUUGGGAUAUGGCAGCUGGGUACAUUAUUGUAAAGGAAGCUGGGGGUAGUGUGAUAGAUCCAGCUGGUAAUGAAUUUAAAUUGAUGAAUCGGAGAAUAUUAGCUACAUCAUCAAUAGAAAUUGCUAAAGAAGUAUAUUCAAAAUUUCAACAAUAUUAUCCAGAACAUGAUUAAAAAUUCAAUUUACAUCUGUUAAAUAUUAUCAUCGAUAAUAGUUUGGUAUAGUUUAACGUUUCAUCAUGAUUUAUACAUACCUACUAGAAAAUAUAUAGAAUCAAAGACAUUA